CAUAUAGGUUAGUAUGAAGUUGUCUCCGUUUUGAUUUCGAAUGGCAUGACUUUAGCUCACACUCUUUUAGUAGUAUUUUAUCGAACAAUGUCCACCGCGUCAACAAUAUUGACGCCGCUUGGCGUCCGGGGUAUGAAAAUAUUAGAACGUGAAAAAUUUUUUCGCAAGAUCCAAACGCCCGUGUUGAAAGUUCCGGCAGAAAAGUUGUCAAAAAUCACACCAAAUUGCAAGGAUUACUUCCUCAAAUUAGAAAACUUUAAACCUGUACAGAAUGACAGUGAUAAUAAGCAUAAAUGCAUCUUCUUUAAUCCUGAUAAAAUUGGUAUGUAUACUGACAUCGCAGAAAGUCAUCGCCAGGGACUGUUACAAGUUGGAGUCACUGAAAAUAACUUUGAGUUGAAAGAUAUUCAGUUGUCGUAUGAGAACUGGUCUUAUGGGACAAUUUUCAAGGCUGUGUUGCCAGAAAAUGAAGAUAUAGUCAGCGGUUUCACUCAAGUUGGGCACAUCAUUCAUCUAAAUUUGAAGGAUCAUCUAUUGGAGUACCGUUCGCUUAUAGGUCAAGUAUUUGUAGACAAGAUUAAGAGUUGCCGCACUGUGGUGAAUAAGAGCAGCAUCAUUGACAACACCUACCGUAACUUCAGCAUGGAAGUCAUUGCCGGGGAAGAAGAUUUUAUUGUGACCGUUAAAGAAAACCAGUGCAACUUUAUGUUUAAUUUCUCCAAAGUUUACUGGAACUCUCGUCUUGGACAAGAACAUGAGAGGAUCCUAGGUUUUGUAAAGCCUGGAGAUGUGCUGUUUGACAUAUUCUGUGGCGUAGGUCCAUUUGCCAUACCAGCAGUGAAGAAAAAAUGCAAAGUAUUUGCUAAUGAUUUGAAUCCUGAUUCCUUUAAAUGGUUAAACCAUAAUGCCAAGUUAAAUAAACUUAAUAUGAGUCUUUUCAAGUCAUAUAACCUGGAUGGGAAGGAUUUUAUUAUAAAUAAUUUCAAAGAACACAUUACAGAUUAUUGUUUAGGUAAAGAAAAGUUAGAAAAGGGAGCAAAAUUACAUAUAACAAUGAAUUUGCCAGCCAUAGCUGUUGAGUUUUUAAAAUACUUCAAUGGUUUAAUUGAAGAUCAAAGUCUUGCUGAAAAAUUGGACUUUGAAAUAAUAGUUUAUGUGUAUUGUUUUGCUCCAGGUGAGGAUGUUAUGGCAGCAAAGACCAUGGUCAUUGAGAACAUAGGUUGUGACAUAUCGGAUGACAUAAUAGAUAUUUAUGAUGUAAGGAAUGUAUCACCGAAGAAGGAGAUGAUAAGAGUCACUUUCCGACUCUGUAAGAAAGUUCUAUUUAGUGUUAGAGACAGUGUCAGUGAACCACCUAAGAAAAAACUUUGUCUAGAAAAUGAAUAGUGCAUUUAAAUACACUUGUG